UUCCUUGCUCCUCCCCCUCCAGUGACAGGACUCCAUUACAGUUUACGGACAGAACAGGUUCCUGGUGAAGAAGAGGAGCAGGACGUUUCUCUGAAUUCCUCCUGAUUACUUUUCUCUGGUGAUUUGUCAGAAUCUUCACUAACGGAUCGAGUUUAUUUGGUUCAGGUUUGUUUUUUAAGUUUCACAGCUCGUAGGAAGCAGCAUCCAGCUCUUCACUUUGAACCGUCCCUCGUCCCAGUUUACGAUGUUCUGGUUCAAUACAACUUGUUGGAUUCUCUUCACCUUCACGCGUGUUGCCGCUCGAUCAGUUCUAAGAGACAGACAAGGACCAGAUGUCGUCAAAGUGUUUGUGACAGAAGGAGAUGAUGUCAUCCUGCCCUGCUCUCUAGGACCCAACGUGAACAUCGAAGCAACAGUGUUCGACUGGAAGAAAGAUAACAAGGAGGUGUUCAUGUUCGAUAACGGCAAAUACUACGGAAACGGCCUCUCGGGUCAGGAUCAGGAUUUUAAAGGACAAGUUUCUCAUUUUGAUGAAGAGCUGAAGCAGGGAAACGCCUCCAUACUCCUCAGAGGCACCAGGAUUACUGACAGUGGGAACUUCACCUGCAUCUUUCCUCAUCUUGGGUCGGGGCAAAGAUACAGGAUUGAGCUGGUUGUUGUUCUAGAGCCGAACAUCAAGAUACUUGGUGAAACAAAGGAAGGAGUUCAGCUGCAGUGUUCUGUUCGAGGUGCGUCUCCAAAACCUGAUGUUCAUUGGCAGGAUGGUGAUGAAAAGAUUGUUCCUGCUGAAGAACCUCAGGUCUCUGAAAGAGAAGGCAGAUAUGACAUCAUCCUCCAAACGACUGUGACCAAGACCGACAUCUAUCGCUGUGUCUCCACUCAGGAGGAGAUCCACCACCAGAUAUAUACUGAGACAUAUGUACCUGUCCCUGACGCUGGAGGAAUGGUUCCUGUUUGGGUUGUCGUCAGUGCUGCGGUUGUUGCAGUUUUCUUGACUCUUCUUGUCUGGGUUAUUGUCAGUGAAUUUUACUUUGUGCUAAAAAAGAAAACUCACUCAGCAGUACCAACAAAUCCACGAUUCAUCAUAACGAUGAUGAGCUGACAACAACACAAACAAUUCUCGAUCUGGUGUUUAGAGUCUUGACAGAGACAUAAAGAUUUCUGGAGAGAGAGAGAGAGAGAGAGAGAGAGCCCUGCCCCUGCCCCUGCCCCUGCUGAAUCAUCAUUCACUUUCACCUCUGGACCCAAACUAGCAGCAGCACUAAACAGAGGUUAUCUAACUGAAGAGGAUUUAAAUAAAACCAUAUUUGACUUCAGUUGAUGAUGAGUCAUGAAACAACUGGAGCUCAUCCAGCGAUCAGGUGACUCGUGGACAGGAAGAAGAGCUCAUGUAGGAGCAGCAGAUCUGGGGCCAGUCUUCAGGAUGUGGAGGAGAGAGACCUGAUGACAGCUUGUUUCUUUAAUGAGAUGUGAUGAUGUUCAUAAAACACCUUCAGGUUCCUGUGAGAAACAGACCAACACAACUUUGUGUUUGAUUCUCUGGAUUCUCAGAUUCAGAAUGUCUGCUGUUCUUAGAGGUGGUAGUGACAUCACAAUGUUUACUGCUGUUAACUCUUUAAAAUGUAUUAGAUAUAAACCUCUUGUUUACGUUGUAAAGGUCACCUUAGUGCACUUUACAACGACAAACUCAAUGUUUUUCGGGAGGACAGAUAAUCUGCAUUUAUUACAGUCUGUGAUAUUUAAAUUCAGAAUCCACAGUUUAUGUGAUUGAACAGUUUAUUUGUUUAACACAACUACCCAGUAUGAUUAAACUGGACUGAGCUCAUUUUCCAUUGA